AUGCCGACCAUGUGGUUAUCAGACUCCCAAAAGAUCGGGGUUGCUUUCUGCUCUGGCGGAGGCUUCUUCCUCAUCGGUGGUGUGAUGCUGUUUUUUGACCGGGCUAUGCUGGCAAUGGGCAACAUCCUCUUCCUAAUCGGCCUAACGAUAAUCAUCGGCCCGCAAAAGACGCUCCUCUUCUUCGCGCGCAAGCAGAAGGCCAAGGGCACGGCGGCCUUCUUCGCGGGCCUGCUGCUGAUCCUGCUGCGCUGGCCGCUGAUCGGUUUUUGUGUUGAGCUGUACGGCAUCGUCGUGCUCUUUGGCGACUUCCUCGGCACCAUCGCCGGCUUCGCCCGCAACGUCCCCGUCGUCGGCCCCUAUAUCGGUCUGCUGGUCGACCGUCUUGGCCUGGGCAGGCGGAACGUUGAACUGCCUGUUUGA